UAAAGCAUAACCGCUAAUGCAACAUACCUAUAAUCUCAUACGUUAGUGUAUUCAAUCCUCUCAACCACACAAACACGCACAUAAUCGUCUUUUAGAGCAAAAUAAAUUUCAGCCGCGAUGAUGACUUCUGCGACAGACACGUACAAGCGAUUGGAGAAGAUCGGCUCAGGCACCUACGGUGUUGUAUACAAGGCUAAGCAUAAAACUACAGGCGAGGUGGUGGCGCUUAAACGGAUCAGAUUGGAAGGUGACGACGAGGGUGUGCCCUCAACAGCUAUCCGUGAGGUCUCCACUUUAAUGGAACUCAAACACCAGAAUAUCGUGAGGUGGGU